AUGAUAGAAGAUCCGGAGUACAUUAAAUUGGAAGGGCUGAUCACGGAUGAUCAAGACAUGUCUCUGCGCAAAUCCCUUUUAAGUGGAAGAACUUCGCGAAGAAUAUCUGAUAAUUCAAAGAACGAAAAUUUUCUUCAGCAAAGCAUUGAUGAAACUGUGGAGCGAAACCCAUGCAAGCGGAUCAGCCUACAUCAGGUAAUGAAUUGACUUUAACUUUAAAUUUCUAGAUGUCAGGAUUCAAGAAAUCAGUUUCAAUAAAAGUUUGGAAAUGCAUGUUUGCUAACAAAUACAUAGUCUCUAUGAGGGAGGAAAAAUGAUGUUACUUGAUAAUAAAAAGAUCUUUCUCAAUUACAUACGCUGAAAAUUAAAAUGUAUUUAUUUUAUGUGUUUGUUACUCAAAACCCUUCUUGUCAAAAUGUUUAAAAAUUUCAGCCAUUACAAUAUCUAGGAGUCUUCAAUUUGUUUUUUUCAUCUCAGAGCAAUUAAAUAUAGGGCAUGUGAAAUCACUUUCCAUCGAUUGCGGUGCACACAUGAGUGACAACGCCAAAAACAGACAGCCCCACUCAAGUGCAUUUAUUACAUUAAAAAAAUGACAAUACUCUCGAUGGGAAUAUCAAAUAAUUUUGUUAUCGACAAGCGCUCUUUGAGUGCGAUAGGUGGUUGUUUUGACUUCGAAGUUAGAAAACCCACAAAGACAACAGUUGGUAAUUUCUGUAACUGUCUUUAACAACAGCAAAAAAAGCACCCUAUCAAAUUCAAAUGCUCUCACCUAGAAAGGCACUACCUUUACAACUUAUCUAAAAUUAAUUGUGUGCUAUUCAAGGGGUUCUUUGUCUCAGUAUGAUUCAGCUUUCAAAAGAGUGUUAUCCUCUAGCGACAGCUGCAUCUUAGCGUGUGGAGGAUCCCUAUGGCCUACGAAAGUCUAACACAUUUUACAAUGCACGUCAUCAGUACAUCUUUUAAUGGCAAUAUAUAUUUUUGUUUUAUAUAUGUUACUUCCUUAAAAAAGGAAUGAAUGGUACAAUUGUCACCUUUUCAAUUUCACCGAAACUAUUUUUUAUAAUCGCCAGGAGUGAGGUUGUCAAAAUGUGAUAAAUUUCAUAUUUGAUGAGGAUUUUUCUUUAGACAAUGGUAAAGAAGAAGAUUCAAACGCGUUUGUUAGAGAUUGCAUUUGAGUGAAAACAGACAAUUUUUCAUCACAAAUGAGGCUAGAAUGUAAGACUGAUUACUGUAAGAGAUUUUCAAUCCAAUUUACUCUGGAUUCUGAGGCCACUGUUCAACAAACUCUGGCCUGUUGAAAUGAAUCAAAUUGAUACUCAGUUAGGCACUAAGGUCUCUUCGUGGGUUUCUUGACUUAAUUAUAUUAAAACAAACAACAACAUGAUCCAGAUUUCCUAAUUAAUACACGAUUAUUGUGCUGAAACACAAUAACAUUUAGUAUUUUUUCCCUGAUUGAUAGUUGCAAAUUUUGAUGGUUAUCCGGCGGCUCGCUUGUUGUUAAUCAGGUAGAUGAACUUAUUUCGGCAGCUAAGGAAACUCAUUAAGUUAUGCAUGAGCUCCGAAAUCAUAAAAGGCACACUUUGUUGGAGACCUUUGAUUCUCAUAAAAAAUGCUUUUGCACCAUCUAUUUCAUUGAAUAUGGUUGGAACUGUUCUCGUCGUAAUUUUUUUAAAUGUCUAAUGCAACUUAUUUAAUUAACUCUUUAUUAAUUUGCAAUAUUGUCGAUGGAAGUGUAUAAGGGACCAUCUGACUUAAAAUUGAACAUUGUAAACGACAUUUCCUUGUUGCAAAGGAUGCAUGAUCUUCCGAACUCAGGCCUCGAGUUUAGAGCCACUUAAAGGAAUUGAAGACUUGAGUAAGAGAAAUGAGACUACGUGGACAUCAACAAGCCUCCACCUUUCUUAAAUUCAGCUGUAAAUGACAUAAAACUGACAGAGGAUUAUUUUAAAAUUAUAAAGAGCUGGUAUUUUAUCACUACCAGUAUAAAAUGAAAUAGCUUUUUAAUUUUUAACACUCUCCCACCGACGCAGCACCAUAGUUUCUGUACAAAAUUACCCCCUUUUUUCAAUUUUUAAGUUUUAGAUGGAAAUAAAAGAUGGAUUCCGGUAGAGAUAUCACUAGUCUGACUUUGUGUGACUGAGAAAUCCAUUUUUCCAUAUGAUUAUCUUGUGUCUCUACUCAAUGAAAAAUCUUAAAUUUUGCGUCGUCAUUUCCCAUGCAAGUUACUUUGUUUCCUGUUGAUAAAUUUCGUUCAGGUAAUUUAUUUUUAGCGACCUGUCAUCAUGCGCCCAGGUACUUAAAAUUGUAAACAUCUCUUUUUGUUGAGCUUAACCUUUUUAAUUUAAAGAAAACAUAAAUUCUGUGAAGUUCACGUUUCAUUCGAUUAUACCAGUUGACAAUAAGAAAACUCCUUGCGAUUAGAAUUUUGAUAUUCACUUUGCUAUUUGGUCUUAAUUCAAUGUAAUUUGUUCAUAUAAUAAAAUGAUUUGGACUGCUAUUUGGACUAAAUAAGAGCUAGCAAAUUUUUAAAAGAGUGAAAUAGUUGCUCAAGCCCGUAGAGUGAGGGAAGGUAAUUUGAAAUCUUCGAAAAAUUUGCAACUGUUUAUGUAUUCCAAAUUGCAUCAUAAAGCUAUCUAUGUAUAUUUUAACUUUGUUCUGCACCGUUUGCGAUGAAAAAAAAUUGACAAAUAACGUUAUGCGGGUAUAUCGUUGAAUAUUGUACAAAAGAAAGCUCUUCUUCAAAAUACAAAUAUUAUCAAUUUCGUCUUAGCUGAAAAAAGGAAAUUCAAAUGAUAAUUCCAUGUUAGCCGACCAUGUUUUUCGUGUUAUAUUGAGGCAACAAGAAUUGCAGACCUACCCUUGACUUUUAUUUAUUAUAUUAGGGAAAUUUUCCGCAAUGAUAUUGUGUACCUCAUGAAACACGAUUCAAUUUCCUCUUUCACUGAUUAUAACUUCCUUUCCAAUGCCCCUCGAGGAAUAACUCCAGCUGAACCUAUUAGAGAAAUCACCUCAUGAGAAUUAAGUGUGGCUAAAAAUAACGUUAUUCCCGACCAAUCAGAGCUUCUUUUUGAUUACUUGAGCUAAAAGAGGGUUUAAGGAGGAAGCAGAUGAUGAAUCACAUCAUGUGACCAGCAAAAUGUUAUUUGGCUGGUUGCACUGACUAUUUUAGCUUUGUGGCUUCAAACUGUCUCCGCUAGAUAUUUAGCCUUGAAUUAAAUAUCAAUAAAUUUAAAAUCAACCGUCACUUUCGUUGAUAUCAAAGUGCGUUAUUCUGAUAAUCCUAGGCAUGCAGAGAUGGCCUGGCUUGUGUAGUUGAGAGGCUGAUCAGAGUAAAUCCUUCGGUUUGUAAUGAAUACGACAAAGAUGGAAUGGCACCUCUUCAUCAUGCGGCCAGAGGAAACUUCGUACAGAUUAUGAAAUUGCUUCUUAAAGCUGGAGCUGGUGAGGGAUAAGUUUUAAGGUUUGCAUCAAUGUGCUGAUGGCAAAAUGCAAGUUUGUACUAAAGUGAGCUCACUGUAACCGGGUCCCAAACAAUGUUGAAAUUUUGGUGCAAGGUUGCAGUCACGGUGGAGGGGGAGGUAGAGCGAACGGCAAAAAACUACGACGGUCGGUUUCCAAAAAGAGUCAACUUGUUUAAAUAAUGUGCUAUUCCGUCAGCUCUGCGUGUCACAAAAAAUCGUAACUUUUUGGUUGAAAAUCGGAAAUGGAAACUUUUUCCUUGAACUACGCAGUAGCGCCGCAGCAGUCUCAGAAUUAAAUAUUAUUUGCACCUUCGUUUAAAAAAGUAUAUUGGUCGAUAUUGACUUGUUCUUGUACAACCAGCUACUGUCUGCGAAAAGGAGACAUGAAACUAAUCAUGUGACUUCUUCAUACAGAUAUUGACAUCCCGGCCACUAAGAAUUGUAUGUACGUGACACCGCUAAUAUGCGCUAGCAAGUUUGACUCAUUCGAUGCUUGCCGAGUUCUCAUUCAAAAUGGCGCCCAAAUAACGAAGAAAACCUGCAACGGUCAGUCACCUUUGCAUUAUGCUUCACGGAAAGGACAUACACGUGUUCUUGAGGUAAAAAAACAGCUAUAGCAUGUUAAGUAGAUUAAAAGUAAAAUCAGUAUUUAAAAUAGUUAUAAAAAAUAGUAAAUUAAAUGAAAAUGAGGGAAUGAGAACAAGUGAGCCAAAAGGCAACAUCAAGGAUGGAAAACCAACCCAUCUUUUCCAUUACCGAUGUUAAGUCAGGGUGAUUACAAUGAAAAAAACAUAUAGAAAAGUUGCACAGUUAUUUUAAGACGGUUUUCUUCUUACUUGGAUUAUUCAGGUUCUGCUAAAUGAAGGAGGAGCUGAUGUGGACCAUGAAGAUAACGACAAAGCCACUCCACUGCACACUGCAGCACAGGCCGGCCAGAUAGAAGUCAUAAGGAAACUGGUGAGGGUUGAAAUUUAUCACAAUCACUUAUUAAAAAGUGCAUUUUUCUAGAGAAAAUUGACCUUACUGGCCAAAUUUUAAGGGUUAUUUACUGCGUUCAAGCCCGUUGAAACCUCAAGGUUCAAACGCGGCAAUUUUUUCUCUGGUGAGAGGGCGACUGCAGGAAACACUGGAGAGAAAUGCUAUUCAGCACAUCUCAGUCGUCUCUCAUUGGCUUGACAGCACAAUAUACGAUUUCUAAUCAGGUUCCCUGAACCUUGUUACUUCUUAGGUGUUCUACGGAGCAGACGUGGCUCGUAGGGACAAUGACGGGUACACACCGCUACACCUUGCGGCACGUGAAGGUCACGUGGAUUCCUUCAAGGAGAUCCUCAAAAAAGGUAACACUUCACAAAGUCGAAUGUGAAAGGAAACGAUGUGGAGUAGAUCUGAAAAUGGAUUUUAUCAAAUUCAGUCGGGCACUACCCUAACAUGUUGUGAAAAUCAAAAUAUUGUAGAGUGUAUUUUUUCUCCCCAGCCAAAAGUGGUGGUUUGUCUACAAAGACACUGUUAAACAGUCCUGAUUGUUACGGAAACGUCUGCUUGCACCUAGGGAUAAAACAUGGACACAGAGAGGUCGGUACAGAUAAUUGUCACUCUAACUUAAUUUUAGAAAUUAAUCAGAGCAAUUACUCGUCAGAAAACAAAUUACCUAUGACCAAUUAGAUUUGUUUUCGGAGGGCAGCAAUUUAAUCAUGAGUUUUACCCCUUCUUUGCUUUUAGAACUUGAUAUACAUUUGAUCUUUUCUGCAGAUCGUGGAGUUAUGUUUGGGGUCUGGGGCUGACAUAAGUACAGCACAGGUAGAAAUGUACAUAAUUGUAUUGAACUUAUUCCAUAUUUAGCAUGGCCUUUUCCAAGCGUUCAAUAACAGUGGUCCAUAACAGCGCGAUAGAACCAACAUAGGAAAUUGUUAUAUACCUAGACUUUCACAAAACAAAACAAGCACUGUGAUUGGUUGAUUCUUGGUCACGUGCCCCUGGUAAAAUUCAAGUGUAUCCCGACAGGGAUACAAUUGCCAUAUGAUUGUUUAAGAGAAAGUCUAAAUAUAUGACAAAGUACUUAAUAGUUGGUCCUCCGGGAAACUGGUCAGUUUUUUUUUCCCGAGAGUCCUGAUGUUUCCUGAGACGAAGUCGAGGAAAACAGAACCAACUGUCUACCUCGGGAUCAUACAUAAAGUGUAUGAUAGUGAAAGGAAACAAACAUUAAUGUUUGUUAAUUCAACGCCUGGAGAGAGGCCGUAUUUAAUAACAAUACCAUAAAUUUAGAAAUUACCUUUGGUGAACUUAACGAGAUCAUCUGUAAAACAUUUUUGAGAAAUUUCAACCUAAAACACAGACGAGGAAGAUAAAAAAUUGAAAAAAGAAAAAAACUUCUCAGCGCACAAAAAACUUUCAUUUGAAAAGAUAAAUCCUUUUUUGGAUCAUAGAUGACUACCGAAAUUGUUUUGCAGCUGAGACUCUGAUUGUUUCAUACAAUUUAUUUCAGGAUGAUUUUUCCACUCCGAUCCACUUAGCUUGUAGUCAUGGAGACCUAGAAAUUACAAAGCUAUUGGUUCAACAAGGUGCUAAGAUUGAAAGUGAAGACGGUAACGGCUUAACACCUUUGUUGAGGUAAUGAAAAUACCUCUCUGUCAUUUCCCUGAGUUAGUGCAUGGAUCAAUCGAAAGUGGCCCAAUUCCUAACUGGUUGCUUGAACAGGAUCAAAUUCAACUUUGUUCUCAGUUUUUUCUCUUCCUCGCUCGAAGGGGCGGGAAGAAGAGAGAGCCUGAGAAAGAGUUUCAGCGGAUCUGGUCCCUGCUAUUCUUUAUUUAGGGCUAUACCUCGGUUAAAUUAAGUGCAUUACGAGACUGACAACUGCUAACAUUCGUGCGAAGUUGUGCUAUUGGUGGCUGGGUUUUCUUGAUGCAUAAAACAUUGUAAGCCUUACACCAUUUUAUCCCCGUUUUCCACACAUGUAUUCACUAUGUUAAUUAUUACUUUCUCUUCAGGGCUUCACUUGGAGGGCACGUCCCAAUCAUCGAAUUUCUUCUUGCACAAGUAUCAAAGUGUUAUUAUUGUUAAUGAUAUCUCAGCUCCCUAAUAACUACUACCCAGUAACAGUUUGUUCCAAGCUUUUUAAUGAUCCUCUUGGAAUUUUGAACAUUUAUUUUGAUAACCGAACCAUGAGUUUCUCUGGUUUUUACUUCAUUGAGCACUCGCAACUAGAUCACUCGUAACAUUUACUUAUCCUGUGGUCAUAUUUCUUAUAGUUAUUUUGAAUUUUGAUACAUGAAGGGUCACUCUUACUCAUACAUUUGUGCCAUUUUAACCUUUUGUUGCUGAUAGGGAGCUAGGCUCUAUCCAGUCGCAGAUAGUUGCACCCCGUCUCCCUUAAUGUGUGCUGUGAAACGAAGCCAACACAAUGCUGUCAGAUAUUUCUUGGAACGCGGUUUUUCGCUGAAAUAUAAAGACCUGAACUGGAGAACCUGCCUCCAUGUAGCGGUGGCAUGUGCUGAUAUUGAAACUGUAGACUUAAUCUUAGAGGUAAUUUAACUAAAACUUAAGGAAAAGGUUGUGGCUGGGAUUAAAUUUUUCUUCCCUUGGUAAAAUAAGUUUGUUUAAAAGGGGAAAAACUAGCCAUAAAAUGAUGCAGUAAAGGUUACUGAAUCGAUCACAAACACUACAGGUCCAUCACUAUUUCCCUCGGAAUCCAUAUUUUUCGCUAGGUCCACGUUAAACCUCUGGCUUCAAAAAGAGAAUAAUGCAGCAUCAUAUUUAAAGGUGGUGAAACUUAAACGCUUUUUUUUUCAGAAUGGAGGUCAUAGCCUUUUGGAGAGCAAAGAUCAGUAUGGGAAGACAGCAAUACAUUAUGCUGCCGCCACCUGUAAUGUCGAUGUAAGUAUUAUGUAAAGCACAAAAAAUCAAGAUUUAAGAGGUCUCUUUACGGGUCACAAAGCAGGUGGAGGUGCAAACCCCAUUUUCCAGCGAGAAUCAGUGUUGUUUAAUGGUUACCUCCCAAUUUUCCUCAGGUAAUAUCCCAUUCCAGCGACAGCAGUACUCUGCCUAUUUUCAAUCAGAUAUUAUAUUCACCUCUAUCUCAAAUGAAGCCCGUCACACUCUGGUGUCAAUGACACUGACAUCAAAGUCUUCGGUUAACCUAGAUUCAGUCAUGUCUUAAUAGCAAGACGUACACUGGUGAGUACACUAAUUACACGUGACAUAUUCCUUUCACACUUUAUAGAUAAUCAACCGUCUGAUCCUUGUGGGAGCUGAUGUCAGGGCAAAAGACAACGAAGAAAGAAUAGCUCUUCAUUUUGCUGCAGAGUAUGCAUUGACAAGUCCUUUACCGAUUUCAUACGCAAUUAGAUACUUUUUAAGUAAAUUUACUCUUCAACUUGACAUCCAAGGAAAAUAAAAUAGCUUCAUUAUGCGCAAUAAAAUGUAACAGCCCGUUUAUUUCAAAGCAAAAAGGUUUCGUUCACACAUUUGGCUCAAUAAAAGUCUAAGGAAUUGCUCAUACAUUGUAGGCGCCAAACAUUGGAAAUCGGAAUUGCAUUUCUUGUCGGUUUUUUAUUCAUAUUGAGAAGGUUAAGGAAAUAGAUUUAGUGUUUAUAAACGAAAAAAUUCAAGGCAAGAUCCGAAGGUUCAUUUGGUGGACAGACUUAAUUUAGUUAAUAAAGUUUGAAAAUAACGCGCUCCUUUUUUUUUUUUUUUUUUUUUUUCUUAGGGCUGGAGCUCUUUGUGCUGUGAGAUCGCUUCUAAGCGCAUGCCCAGAGUCUGUAAAUGACAUUGACUAUGGAUCCCGCACGCCUCUCCAUUUUGCAGCAGCCGAGGGAAGAGAUAAAGUAGCAACUCAUUUGUUACAAAACAGUGCUGAAGUUGACUACAGGUAACUGAACAUGGAAAUGAUAAUUAAUGGCUGGUAAUCUAAUCAUGCUUCUCAUUUGUGUGCACCGAGUUACCAGUUAUUCUUCCUUGCCACGAAAAACACUGAUCAUGAAUUUUGGGAACAAAAAUUUUGACUCGCGAAAAGAGCGAGUAUCAUAGUUAUGGAUGCUUACUGAAGAUUAUCUUCUUGUUGGCUGCAGGGAUGAUGAACGUUUUACACCGUUGUUUCAUGCUACCAUAUGUGGUUGCCCUGCAACAAUGGAUACGUUGCUGUAUCAUGGGGCAGAUGUCAAUGCUCUUGAGAAGAAUCGAGUAAGUGGAAAGCAGCUAGUGUAGCUGGCUUUUUGGUACCAACAAAAACUUAAAGGACUUUGAGCCCAGUAAAUUGACGUGGUAAAUUAUUCACAUGUAAACACCAUAGUCUGCCACUUGUGAUGUAUGAGUCAGCAUGGGUCCGUUUAUUCAAUUUAUGUAAAGUACUGAAUUUUAAAUUCCAUGAGGGUGUUUCAAUGAAAAAACGUGUCCAUCAGAGCCAAAGGAGCGCUUUGCAUAAGGCUCUCUAAAUCGGUCAUCGUAAUGUUCAGUCAAUACGUUGAAAUCAUCAGGUUUCUAUUUACAGGUCAGCAUCUCAACCUAAUUACUUUACACUAUGGAUGUGAAAACUUCCAUUGAUUGGGUUACAAUAAAUAAAAGCAAACAUAGCCAAAUCUAAAAUAAACUUAACGUCGCAAUUACGCUACAAUUUAGAAUUUUAACAAAUCGUCUGAAAUUGUUGUAUUUUUUUCUAAAUUGCAGAAGCCUCCGUUGGUAUUUGCAGCAUUUUUCAAACACAACAAAAAUUUUCGAAAGCUCGUUCGGUUAGGAGCAGAUAUGACGGUAGUAUCAACGACAGGCUACAACUGCCUGGAUGCCGCUAUCAGGGUUGGGAACAAGGAAGUCUGUAUGGAAAUAAUUAAACACGAAAAGUAUAUGUUAUCAUUAAGAUAUGUUUUGUGUAAUUACAUGAUACUUGAGACACUGAGUGUUUUAUUUUUCUUUGUUCACUGAUUUCACACUAAACAAAAGAUUCUUUCACAGGUGGCGGGAAGUCUUAAGCAACACAAAAUGUGAGGGAGUAUCACCCAUGCGGCGACUCAUUGAACGGUUUCCAGAUGUCGCCAAAGUACGUUUUUUUAUCAUUAGCCUUUGAACCCGUAAGAGUGACUAGCAUCUAAUUUCUCCUUACAAUAUCACCCCUGAAUCAUACAUCAAGGUCAGAAGAAUGAAAGAAUUGAUCACUAACGAAAGAAGCUGUUGAAUGUUAAACAGAUUCUCUUCGUCAGCUCCAUAGGAAAUGUAUCAAGAACAGCAUGGAGAAUAUGCAUACUGAUGUUAGGGUGUGAGGGGUCAAAAGGGGUUAAAAAGUAUGACGUUUACGGCAAGGCGAAAUUAGCAAGCAAUAACUGUGAUUUUACGCUCUUUUCCUGAAUUCUCAAUCAAAUCAGCAAAAAUUGGCGGAAAUAAGACGGCGAGAGUUCCAAUUUUACAGUUUGUCGUUCCUAAAAAUGUUCAAAUAGAGGGAGCUCCCAGACGCCAAUUAAACAUCAACUAAAUUAUCAUCAAACUCUUGCAAUCAAAUACUCUCAGUCCAUAGCACUGCACCAUGACGGGGCAAAAUCGUAACGAAACUGUGGCUAUUCAGUAUUGCAUAAAAUUCAUGAUUGCCCAUCUAAAUUUAUUCAAUGUCUGCCUCCACGUGAGAAAUAACUCCAAACAAGUUCCUCACCAAAAUGUCAAUUUCACACACACAUCCCAAUUAAAAUCUGUCUUCCUCUUUGGCAUCUUAUCUACAGCUUGUGCUAGACAAAUGUAUCGAGCAUUCACCACUUCUGGACACAGAUCCAAAUUAUACGGUAAGGGCAGAAGUAAAACACCGACUCGAACAUCUAAACGUGUUAAAGGAUGCCAUCUGAAUUUCUUCCCAUAAUCUCUUCUCAGAUCACCUACGACUUCAGUUUUAUUUUUCCAAACUCGGAUGAGGAAUUUGACCUCAACCAAGAACGAUAUUGUGGACUAAAGGUAUGAUGAACGAAAGAAUUGAAACAAAUAACAUUUAUCGCUUAAGAACGUCUAUCGAUAACAAGACUGAACAUUUAUUCUUGCCAUCGUCAAGAAAACAUAAACAUCGUAAGUAGAACAUAUACAUGUGUACCAAGAGGAUAUAAACUGUUUAUAAUCUCUUGUGGGUACUCUAGAUAGCCCAUGGUCCUAAUUUUUGUCACAUUGGUUCUUUCGUAGACAAUGUUGGAUUCUGGCCGUGAAGAACUUUUGUUUCAUCCUCUGACCAGGGAGCUGGUACGAAUGAAAUGGUAUGUAGGAUGAUACUGCCUAACAAUGAUGACCUUUUCCGCUUAUACUCGCUUUCUUAGUAAACAUACCUUUGUUUAAAGGAGUAUGGUAUGAAAUGUAGGGAGAAUUGAACAAAACAAUUAAAAUUUGAAAAAAUUAAAUUAUGAAACUGCAAUGCAGACAUUUUUUUCAGGGUGACAUUAGAAGAUUUGUCUCGCGACAAAUCCACAUUAGUUUUUUGUAUCUCAUUUCUUUUCUUUGUUUUCAAACAGGCGACGUAUUGGUCUGACUGUGUUUCUCAUGGGAGCAAUCUUUUAUUUAACGUUCUUGUCCGUAUUUUCUCUCUUCCUUUACUGCAAAGACGAUGGUUUUAAGGUUAGUUUAACAUCAAUCGCAAUCAAUCUUGUACUCAGAUCUUGCUUUAACUCAAUGUGAAAGCCUAAGGGUUGCCCUCUUAUCCGGAUGUUUCCUGAAUGAAAAGUCCUGUCCGUACGACGGAUUUCCAUCUUUUACUUUCCAGUAUUUGUUUGUUUGUUUGUUAUGAGAAAAUUUACAAUUCACGAAACUUCACAUCUUUAUCAAAUAUGACAUAAUUACAUGAUACAUUGUCAGCUUUAUUUUAAUUUUGGUUCCAGAGAUCUGAAUCAUGAUAUGAAAUCAUGUUUUUUCUUCCUCUAUUACGAAUAGAAAUAUGUAAUAAACUAAAUUCCUCGGGAUACAAUCGACGAGCUUAAAUUAUGAAAUAAAGGAGAUGACUCAAUUUAAAAGCAAGAACAGAAUUCUUUUCACAACGCAGAAUAUAAUUCUUUCCCAGAGACACUGCAAUGAAGGUUGGAAUUAUCCACAAAAGAUUUUUUUGCUUAUUUUCUGUACGUCAAACCUACUUUUGGAAGCUUUCCAACUCUACAACGAGGUUCGUAUGUGCGAGUUUUUACGUUUCUUUCAAGUAACAAACUUAAUACUUUUGAGUAACGUUUGAACUGGUUGAAGAUAAUUUUUCAUGGUCAUCUAUUUUUUCUCAGCGCUGGAUGUAUUUUGAGUUGACCAAUUUCUUGGAAGUUUCCACCUACGUGACAACAAUCAUGGCCGUCACUCUACCAGAUGAGCAAGACCACCAAUGGGCUGUCGGGAUCAUAGCACUGUUAAUGGCAUUCUUCGCCAUGCUUCUACAGCUUCAACUGUAAGUAAAUACCCAAAUACAGUAGUUGGAUCGCAUGUUUUCCGGCUUACCUAAAAUAAGUGAUGAAUCAGAAGUGAAUUUUAAUGCUUAAAAGUAGAAUAAUCGAGAAUUUUCUCUUCGUGAACGCCGAUUUUCAGCGGUCCUGCUUAAAGUUAUUAAAAUUAGAAGAGGUUGGCUUCGAUUUACAGAAUGACAUGAAAAGUACGAUCAUUGUAAUCAUAUGGAGCCACGAUUAAAAGAGUGAUUUAGUUUUAUCAGCUGAGUUGAUUAAGUAAAUUGGCCUCCGUAAAAAUUUGCGAAGCUGAAGUUUCGAACGUUAGUCCUUAGUCAUUCGCUCUGACGAAGGGCUAACGCUCGAAACGUCAAUUUUAAAACUCUUUACGGUGGUCAGUUUUUGAUAUAAACCAGCCUUUUAUACUCUCCCACCGACGCAACAUCACAAUUUCUUUAGAAACUUACCCCCUUUAUUCUCGACCAGAAGGGUCAGCAAAACAAUUGGAAAUUGGUUUCCUUUCAUCUUACUGAAUUAAGAUAAUGCCAGAAACCAUAAUAUACCAAACUUUGACAUCCACCGAAAAGGAAAGGUAAAACCAAUAUAUGAUUUACAAUUUUAUCUCAGACUCCUCUCCUGCGCCCAUGAAAACUCCUUAUAGAAAUCAGGAUUUUCAUCACAUGAAAGUUUAAGGAAAUACAUAAGACAAUAAUACACUAUUGUUGCAUCCUUUCAGACUUUUCUGCUCAGGUAUCUACGUCACAAUGCUGUUGGAGGUCCUUAAAUCUGUAUUCAAGGUUUGUAUCACAAACAGUGCUAAAUAUCUUUAAUAACAUUAUCUUAUUCCUGUUAUUUCUCUUGGUCAUAAUGAGGCUGUUUAAGUGAGAGCAAAUGAGUGUUAUUUGUAUCAUGGCAUGAACACCACAAAAAUGCGCAUCGCCACCAAGGCUGAAAAUAUUUCGCCAGUGGUCUCUCAGUUAGUUAGUUCAUCAGAUUUUUCGUUAGUUGGCUCAGUCAAAUCAAAUGUCCUCAAAUAAUCAUAAACACAUCACUGUUUAUCUGCUGGUUUUAUUUUCAGGUGAUCGUUAUGUUUUCCUUGCUCAUUGCUGCAUAUGGAUUGAUAUUCUACUUGCUCUUGGGAGAUGAGGUAAUAAGAAUAGAAUCAGUUUACUAACAACUGUGAAAACAUAAAUGUCAUAUAUUUGAACUGCAGAUAAAGAAGUAAAUAUGAAAGCGAUCUUCGCAGUAAUGAACACUACUUGAGCAGUCGUAGAAAUAACGCCUGAAAAAAAAAUCAGGCCUGUACGGGAUUUAAACUCAUGACCUCUGCGACACCCGUGCACCGCUUAACCAACUGAACUUCCAAUUUGAGAGAUCUUCACGAGUGAGCCCGUUUAAUCAUAAUUGUCAUUAUUUUUUUUUUUUGCUGUUUUCCAGUUGUCGUAUACUUCCCCGUAUAUGUCAGUUUUGAAGGUGUUCGACAUGAUGGCUGGUGGAGUCGAAUUCAACCAUUACUUUGUGGAGAACCUGGAACUUCGCAUGCCAGAUCUGGCCCGCUUCAUUUGUUUCACAUUUAUCCUCGUUAUGUCCAUCUCGCUAAUGAACCUGUUGGUGAGUAACAACUGACCUCGCGCCUCAACUUUUUUAAUUGUGGUGUAGUGUUGUGUCGUUAUCCAUUUGUUCAUACAUUUCCUUCUCAAAGCUGAUUUCCAAAUACAUAUUACUUUCAAUUGAUAGCUGUAAACAUUUCAGGAAGUGUCUACAGGAGAAAAACUCUCAGUCGUAGAUGUAUACUGACACCAAAUUAGCUGAGUCAAAUGUCAGUUAAUAUUUUAGCGAUCGCAAUGUUAUUCCCAAUUUGUUAUACAGUGCCGCUUUAUUUUAAGCACGCCCCCAUCGGCAUGUUUUCUCUUUUUUUCUAAUUUCUUUGCAGAUUGGUUUGGCUGUUGGGGACAUUGAGUCUGUACAAAAGAAUGCCGAGCUCAAACGUCUGAGGACACAGGUUAGUGACCAGGCUGAUUUUUUGCUUAACACGUUGGCAUUCUUUUUGUCCACGUAUCUCUCCCAGUCAUUCUGUUUACAGAGUCAACAUAAAUCUAAACCAACCAGCACAAGAGAUAGGGCAGAAAAUUAUUUAUUAUCUACAGUGUUAGUGUCGAGGUCAAAAGCGGUGAAAUGUACUUUGCAGUUCUUCUCCAAUCGUAUACUCUGGUCUGGCUAGAGGACGAUACCCCAAGAGUCAACUUCUAUAGGUUACCAAGCAGAAUUCUCUUUUCCCUCUACAUCACAUUUUGGAGAACAAACCAUCAUCAUCGUAGAAUGACUUUCAUGUAUUUCUCAGAUAGUAGGCGCAGAACGACAGCUCAGGGACAACUGAAAAUUGUUAUUUUUAAUCCAACCACAAUCUUUCUCAACAGAUAGAGUCACUGUCUCAAUUUGAAAAAAAGCUGCCAUCUAGUAUGAAAGAUCGCCUCUAUUCUCCCAAGCUGGUUCUUUGGCCAAACUCGGGAUCCAUGUCUUUUGUGAGGAAAUUAACGGUAAGAUAACGCACUACAGGUAUUAAAAAAACAGCUGUCAGAUGAAUACAAUAAAAAUGAAUACCUUGAUUGACUGCUGACGAUUUUUUUUUGCAUUUUUUACUCGUCAGUGGUCUCUGGGACUAGUAGAUUACGCUCCAGUUCGAAUGAUGGAAAAAACUAAGCCAUCCCAUGAAGAAGACAAGAUGAAAGAGCUUCAAGAACAACUCAAAACGCAACAAGAAAGGUGAAUGAUGUUUCCUUCACAAAAACAUUUCUUGAUACAACUUCACAUUAAGUAGUAGAAAAUGGGUAAGAGUAGCAAGAAUAAGCCAUGGAACUCACUUCAAGGUUUUGCUAAGCGAUUCAAUUAUGAUUAUUAAUCAUUCAGUCUCUUUAAUCAAUGCAUUCAUCUUUGUUUUCAUUCACUCAUCCAAUCAAACUCGAAUUCUCUUUUUCAUCGUAUUUCUACAGUCUCAAUACGCUACGGACGGAGCUGCGAUCUCAAAGAACGAUUUUAGAGAACAUUUCCAUCAAUAUGGGAGCGAGAUCCCCUACCAGUAACAGAACAAAUCUGAUGGAUGAUUUCUGA